AUGUGUAUGCUUCUACAUCAACUUACAGCUAUUGGUAUAUCUAUUGGAUUCACUUUUGGCUUGUUUGACAAGUCAGGAUGUUUACUUGCGAUAACGGCAAUUGCUCAUCAAGUUUGUCUAUUCCCUGAACUUGUUCACGCAUAUACUCUUACGAAAUAUCAUUUCAUUUCUCGAGUUCUACGUUUUAACCUCAUCUUCCCGCAACUUAAUGCUCAUAUUUCCGAUCCCUCUUUUGUCAUGAUGGUGGACCUGUUGUUCACAAUGGUAUUCCUCAUGAAAUACCAUUCUGACUCAACUAAAAAUUACUUAGGAAGCCUUCUACUACUUCCCUUUGUUUAUACAAUAUCAUUCCAAUAUCCCGCUGUUCUUAACUUGAUAGAUGAUGAUACAUAUUUGCAAUACUCUAUUUGUACUCACUUCUCGUGCUCUUUCCGGGGCAAGAUAUACCCCUAA